AUGACAUUUGGUGGUUCUCGAGCCGCAAUUGAGAAAUUUGUCAAUAGAUCAACAUAUUUGACAAAUCCUACAGUGACAUCCUUCAAUGAUUUCAUCCUGAUACAAGGCGGACAAGAUGCAAAUCACACCAAAUCGCAGCUCACAUAUAUUCUCGACUUACGGUAUCCAUCAUUGGGUGUGUGGUAUGAGCUGCAAGCGACAUCACUGACGCCUCCAGCAUCAACUAGUUCGGAUACUGCCUUGUAUGCGACGUCGAGAUGGAUUUUGCAUUUUCGAACCGAGAUGAGACAAGAUCAGUACAUUACAUUUGUAGACUGUUUCGAUCCCUAUACAUUUCUAUGGCUUGGCACCAUCACAUCAUUUAAUACAACGACUAAUUCACUCAAAGCGAUACCCUCGGCUCCUACAAGCAAAGAGUCGGACUCUCUACUCAUUCUACCAACCUUAACCUCACCUAUUGCUACACAAAAUGGAUUCAACCCUAGCGAGACAGCAACAAAGGAUCAAGCUGACCAAACCACAUUUUGGAGAUUAGAUGUAUCCAAAUGGCUUUAUAACAAUAUCACUAUUACACCUAUAAUAAUAAAUAAUAUUGACAGAAGUAAGUCAAGUCAACAAAAGAGAGAUGGAAUGCAGACCUCCUCCCAAUCGUAUAAACCUGUCUCGGGAGGCACCGUUACACUGAUUGCCGCAGAUUUGGCGGUUUUUUAUGGAGGGACAGCAACAACAACAGAUCAGCAAGAAAACAUACUAUUUUUUAAUACAACUGAAUUAAAGUUUCUGCCACCACCUGUAUGGCUAUCCACCUCUGAUCCUAUCAUGCAACAAGAGCAAACGUCCAGUACCGACAGCGACAAUAAACUGGCUAUUAUUCUGGGAUCCGUAAUGGGAAGUAUUUUAUUUAUAGCUCUUUGUAUUUUGUUUGUAUGGUGUUGUAUCAGAAGAACGCGCAGCCGUGAAAGGCUAGGGCGUGCUGGUGGCAAGAAACAUAGAAAGGCUCUGUUUCCGUCCAUGUCUAACAAAGAAGUAGCAAAUCCAGGAUUUCAAAAUAAUUCUACUCCAAAUAUGGCUGAGGCAUCAUCCAAGACACAUCCCUAUGUGCUAUCACCUAUCAAAAGUCUAUCACCCAUUGAUUUGUUUCCUGCUGCUGCCACUGCGAAACUAACGCCGGUACAAGAAGAACGCCAACAAGAAAAGCCGCCAUCAAAGAAGCCCAAAACAAGUCGCUUUAUUGAGCAUUUUGAUUACCACUCAUUUUCCCUUGUAAAGCACAAUCAUAACAGUAGUAAUUCACUUGGUAACAUGGUAUAUUCCUCUUCGUCGCCGCAGUUAAAAAUAGCAACAUCCACAGAAGCAGCGGCAGUAGCAUCAAACGAUGGCUCAUCGCAGAAUCAGUUACCCCGAUCAGCAUCAUCGUACGUGUAA